UCACAAGAGGUUUAUAUUUCAAGUAAGAUAAUAUUAGAAUAUCUAGCAUCUUCAACUGUAAUUCUGAUCAUUGGAAGGCAGAGAUUCAAGGCGAGCGUUCAGUAAUUUAUCAGAGAACUUGUUUAAUAAGAAAAACGGGAUGGCUUAUUCGCAAUUGCUUAAAAAGCUGUUAGUAAUGGCGUUACUGCAAGAAAUUCGAACAGAAUUCUUGCUUCCGAGCGGCAAGUGCAAUGUUCCAAACGGAAUAUGUGAGACGAGAUGUAGGUGCAAGGAAGGAUUUAUAGCCCUGAACGAAUCGUGCCUAGGGAAGAUUGGAACUACCUGUACGAUGCAGUCAGACUGCAUACCGGAGGCGGCGUGUGACGAUACUUUCGGUGGCGGGACGUGCACGUGCAAUGACGGACUCGUGGCAUAUUCGAAUAAUACCGAAUGCCGACUGAAAGUGGGUCGACCUUGCAACGUUACUGCCGCCCCGCACUGCAUUCAGAAUGCCGAAUGUGACGUCAACGGUGCUAAACAGAACACGUGCACGUGUAGACAAGGCUUCUCAGUCAACAAUGACAAAACGAAAUGUUUGGGGAACGCGGGUACUGCGUGUGCUGCUACCAGUGAAUGCAUUAGUAAGGCGGUGUGCUCGGAAAAUAAGUGUACGUGUGAAGACUUGCAUGUACCGUCCGAAAACGGAACCAAGUGCAUUGGCUACGUUGGUAUCACGUGUGCGUCCACCAAUGAGUGCAUUCAGCACGCAGUUUGCACGGGUCACACUUGCACAUGUGAGGACAUGUAUGCAUCGUCUGAGGACAAAUCUACAUGCAUAGGCUACGUUGGUGCUAUUUGCGACCAACAUUCGGGGACUUGUGUUGCACAUUCUGAGUGUAUCGACGGUCAAUGUGCGUGUAAGAACGGUUACCAAGCCGACGGUAACGGGAGCAAAACAUGCAAAGAGAAAGAGGAUGGAUUGAAAGAUAUUAUAUGGAUUUACAUCGGCUCGGUGACUGGGUUCCUUCUUGUUUUGGCCGUUGUAACGUGCACCGUAACACACUAUUGCUGCCGUAAGAAAUUACAGAAUUUGUGUUGAAAUAGCUGUUCCGUUUUUAAGGGCAUCGUUACAGUGUUUUGUUAUUUAAUUUUUCGCAAUUUCUUGUUUACAUUAUAAUGACUGAUCAACCGAUAUUGCGUCUUUUUUAUGAGUCUUAAGAACAAUUGCAAUUUUACAAAACGACAAACUAACUUCGCUGCAAAGUUAUGUUUGUGAACGGAUGUUUUUCCACGGAUCACAAUUAAAUUGAUGUGAAUACGUGAUAAAUUACAAAUGCCAUGAAAAGCCUUCAAUUCUUAAAACAACAGUAGACCAGCAAGGGCCUACUUUUUUGCUUUACGUUUCGUCAGAAGCGCUUCAUCAAAACAUGUUUGUUUGGUUGCAUUGUUAAAAUCAUGACUUGGUCUUUUCAAAGGUCGUCAUGCAAAUUUCCAGAGUUCGCAGAUUUUCAAAAAUUUUACGCAUUCAUCAGUUGUUGGUUAUUUUGGAAGAUUUAAGUUAUGUUUAAGUCGAUAGUGUAAUUGUUCAUAUUCUUGAUUAUAAAUUGUGUGUUUAACCUGUAGUUUUUUAAUCAUCUUGUUUCAAAAAGUUACAUUAAACUUUCUCAUGUUUGCAUUCAAGCCUUAGGUAUUUACGUGGUAAUUUAAUUGAAAUGUUGUUUGUUAUUUAAUUUGAAUUUGUAUGAUGUAAGGUUAAAUGGACCUUUUCACGUUUUGGUAAAAUGACAAAAGUAUAUAUUAAAACAAUGUUUCAGAUUUGCGAAUUUUCGUUAUAGUUAUGAUAUGUGCAAAGAAACAGUAAUACUGAACAUUUACUAUGCUUUAAAUUAACUAUGAUUUAUAUCUUUUGACGAUUAAAAAUCUGAAAAUUAUCAAGUGUAACAAACGCGAAUCGAUUGAAUAAUUUCAAUUUGAAUAUGAAGAGAUGUGUUGUUAUCGUCAUUUGUUGUUACAUUACGAGGAUUGCUUAUUUAAAGUAUAAAAUACAUGAUUUACUUAGCGAGCAAUGAUGGUCGAGUGGUUUAGGUAACAGACUUUGACUCCAAUGGUCAGUUGUUCGAGCGUAGUUCAGUAUUACUACUUAUCUUUCUUGUUUUUCUUUUUUUACUUGAGCUAUUUUAUUCCAUUUUUUACAUUUAUUAUUUCAAAGCAUUUAAUGACAAUCUUCAAUACAAAUUGUAUAUACACUUAAAAUGUUUUGGGGUUAUUCUGGGAGCAUUGUGAGGUCUGGAGCACCUGAAAACCGAUAAAUACCCCACCCCGAUUGCUUUGCAUUGACCGGAUCAAGGUGGAAACAUAACAUCCGUUGUAUUCGUGUUUUUGUGCGUGUUGUGUAUUUGUGUGUCAUGUCUAGUAAUUUUGUUUUGUGUCCGAGCGUUGUACAAUUUGGUUAUUGGAAUCAACAGUGGGCCAUAUGCAAUUAACAUGAUUCUCUUCCACUGGCUAAGCUGAAAUCUCAAUGUAUGUAUUUUGGUAUAUAUUGUUUUAUGUUUUAUUAUAUAUGUUUAUGCAUUUUGAAUGUGUUAUGUUACAAACAUGACCAUACAUAUGAAAUAUGUUCUCCAUAAAGAUAUGUGGACAUUUAUCAUUAUGAUAUAACUAUGAAAUAUAUUACAAAUGUAAUCCUAGAAACAAACUAACGUUUAUAAGGAAUAUAAAAAUAUACAAUUAUAAACAUGUAUAAGUAAAUGAAAACAAUAGUUCCUGUGUGAUUCAAACCGGAAACUGGUAUGUCAAAAUAGUCAUGCCUUAUCCACUUUGAAUCAUAAUGACGUAGUUCUGUGUGAAACUUACCCAUGUGAUAUAAUUAUUUUAUCUAGAAAAGUUUUUAAUUUCAAUAAUAAACCGUUGAAAAAUCUACAUAUUUUUAUAUUUUAUAUUUUUCAAGUAAAUUUGAUAGUUUAUUAGUAACGAAUGAAACGGUAAUUGUAGUUUAUAUAUUUUUUUUGUUUUAACAGAAUCCAAAUUAUAAGCGAGCAUUUAUUAACAACGAAGUAUUCUUACUUGCUGGUAAAUACAAAUAUCUUGGUUUACUAUUAAACGAACAUCUAGAUCUCAAUGUUACAGCAAAGAUGGUAGCUCAGAAUGCUAGUCGUGCAUUAGGUUUACUCAUAGUCAAAGUUAAACUUAUCGGAGGAGUUCCGUAUAAUGUGUUCACGAAGCUUUAUGAUUCGGUUGUUUGGCCCGUCGUUAGUUAUGGUGCAUUCAUUUGGUGGUAUAAAUCCUUUUCGUGCAUUGCAUCUGUUCAUAAUAGAGCUAUGAGAUUUUUUCUGGGAGUAGAAAAGUAUACGCCCAAUUUGGCAGUGUCGGGUGACAUGGGUUGGAUCCCUGCUUCUGUUAGACAAUGGAAAGUUGUAGUAAAUUAUUGAGCAAGGUUAUCAACAACUAACUCUUCUAGGAUCUAUAAACAAAUAGCACUCUGGGCUAACAGUAGAUCUGAUAAUUGUAAAAUUUGGUUUUAUUUUGUUCGUAAACAUUUGGAUCAUUAUAAUCUAAGUAAAUAUUGUGACAUGUCUACACCUAUAGCUAAGCAUGCUAUUGUUAAGCAUAUUGAAGAAGACAUGUUGUUAGAAUUUAAAAAUGAUUGGUUCAAACAGAAAAAUGCUAUUCAUGGUCCGUCUGGCAGAGGUGGUAACAAGUUACGAACCUAUUGUACAUUUAAACAUAAAUAUAGUGUUGAGAAAUAUUUAGCAUGAUUUUACCAAAAUUUCAUAGAUCAGCAUUGUGUGAAUUUAGGAGUGGUGUUGCGUAUUGAAACAGGGCGAUAUGAGGGUCUUCCUUUGGAAAGACGUUUUUUGUCCAUUUUGUAAUGCCAAUAAUAAAAGUGUUAUUGAAAAUGAAAGCCAUGUUUUACUUGAUUGCAAUUUGUACUGGGAUAUAAGAAAUACCCUUUUUGAUAUAGCUUAACUUUCUGCACCUGAUUGUAUGACUUUUAGCAAUUAUGAUUGAUAAACUUAAAUUGCUUUUUACUGAUAAUAAUAUGGUUAGAAUUUUAGCCAAAACCUGUUUCUUGAUACUAAAAAGACGACAAUCUUACAUGUGAAAAUAAUAUUAAUUUACAUUCAAUGGUACAAAUUACUAGCCUUUUGGUACCAAUUUUAUUCAAAUAAACUGUGUAAAUAUUUGUAAACAGAUUAUUGUUUUUAAGGUAUAUAGACCUUUUAGACUAUGUAUAUAAUGUAAUGCCAAGUAUUUUAGAUUAUCUUAGUGCUGCCUUUUAUUCUGUACUAUAAUGUUAUGGCUAAUCAGUUCUUUUAUGAUCUGAUCAUAGGGGAUAAAUGAUUUAUUACCACCUUUUUUUUCUUUUUCAUUUCAGUGUAACUUGCACAUCUUUUCAAAUUCAGUAUUUAUUCUAGACAUUUAAUUGCAUUAUCUAGCUAUCAGAUUAGCAAAAGCAAUCUAGGUUUUAUGUGUAAAUAUUUUGGUUGAUAUAUAAUGGUGUUAUUAGUAUGUUUUAUGAGUUGAUAUAACUUGUUAAAGAAAGGAGGAUAACUUGGAAGUGCUUAUUUACAAAAGAUACAAUAAGAGCUUCCGAGUUAGCUUCCCUUUCAAUAAGUUUUAAAUAAUUAAUUUUUCUGAUAUGUAAAGGAUUAACUAGUCUCUUGUAACUCAAAUUUGAGUGGCAGCAAUGAUUAUGUUUUAUGUUUUACAGUAUUGGUUUAUCUGUGAGUGUAUGUAAUUAUGCUGAUGACACUAUAAUAAACUAAUAAUAAUAUAAGUGUAUAAGCAUGUAUUGCUAAAUACGUCCACGCCUUUCCACAAGCUGAAAUAUACAACUGAUAAUGUCAACACUAAAACUGUUAAGACCGUUAAUAGUAUUGUAACUCGAUCACUAAAUUGUGGCGCUUGUACACAAACUUAAUGAUAAUUCACGUGCAAUUUAAUACCCAAAUACUGAUAAAUAUUUAUAUCAGAUUAUUUGUAUAAAAUACAUAUCUGUUGAUUGAGUUCGUAUGAAUAUACAUCUAUAUGCUG